CAUCGAGUGAUCGCUCAGAAGGACCAACUCAUCACUCGAAUCAAACACGAGUUGAUUCACUUGAGAGGACCGUUACCAGAAGUGACUGAAGCCACAGAGGAUCUAAUGAGUGUGUCGUCUGAUUUUGAGAUGGAUUUCUCACUGCAAUCAUCGAUAAAUCAGCCGCUAAUCCAUAUAUGGAUACCGACUGUGUUUUUGGCGGGCGGGCAGAGGAGUAAAUCGCAUCAUAUCUACCAAAUAUACGUCCGAAUUAAAGACGACGAGUGGAAUGUCUACAGACGUUACUCUCAGUUCUAUAGUCUUCACAAAUCUCUUCGCAAAAAAUUUCAAGUUUUAAGUACUUAUGAUUUUCCGCCGAAGAAAACCAUUGGAAACAAAGACUCAAAAGUAGUUCAGGAAAGACGUAAACGUCUUGAGAACUAUCUCCGAAAUCUCAUUAAUGUUCUUCAGUCCCAAUAUAACGAUAUAUCGGAUAAACAGCGUCUCAUUGCUGUCAUACCAUUCCUCAGCGAACGGUUUAUCCAAAGCGAAGGGCGCUCUCGAUCUGAGACUCAUCUCAAUUUUGGUGGCAAUUGUACUGAACAACAGCCGCAAGAGAGGCAUUACAUAGGAUUAUGAAAACCAUUGUUAAGCUAUUUAACAAAUUUUUAAUUCUUUUUACCAAAACAUUUACAGUAUUUAAAAAUCAUUUAUAAUAUAUUUUAAUUAUUAUUUUUAUUUGAGUUUUAAUUGUGGAAACAGUGACUGACU